CGGCGAGAACCACGAGUGCGCCUUGGCUGCUACAAAUUAACGCUCGCCCCCACAUAGCUUCUUCCCCCACCACCGGCGCCGCUCCCUCCGCCGCUGUCUUCCCGCAGCUUCAUCGAUCUCAAUCUCCCCCUCCAUUAGAGGACGACGCCGAUUUUCCGCCGUCUUCGAUGCCGAGUUCUUUGCAAAAUAUCCCGAUUCUACUCUUUUCAUCUUCAUCUACAAUUCCCCAUUCGAUCACUCUGAACUCGAGAGCAAGCUGAUCGAGUACAGAAUCCAGUUGAGCUGGAAGCCGAUUCAAACUUUCGAGGUCUAAUGGCAAAAGAGUAUAAUGGAUCUCCCAAGAUCAAUCAGCUGGGAUCCAGAAGGGAGCGCCUUACUUGGAUCUUGGGGGUGAGUGGUCUCUGCAUUCUGUUUUACAUGAUUGGUGCUUGGCAGAACACCACCACCCCAUCCACAUCCAAUCCCAUUUCCUCCAUUGCAUCAAAAUGCAAUGGCCCCACCACCCGAUUAUCCUCCUCGGGCUCCAGCCUUGAUUUCCAAGCUCACCACCAAGUAGGCUUCAAUGAAUCCUCGCUUUCCACCGAGAAAUUCCCCUCUUGUGACUUGAAAUUCAGUGAGUACACCCCUUGUCAAGACCCGAGGAGAGCGAGGAAGUUUGUUAAGGUGAUGCUGAGGUAUCGAGAACGGCACUGCCCGCAGAAAAAAGAGCUUCUCCGAUGCUUAAUCCCUGCACCACCGAAGUACAAGAACCCAUUCAAAUGGCCACAGAGUAGAGACUAUGCUUGGUAUGAUAACAUUCCUCAUAGAGAGCUCAGCAUUGAAAAAGCUGUUCAAAACUGGAUCCAGGUUGAAGGCAACCGAUUUAGGUUCCCUGGUGGUGGCACAAUGUUCCCAAGGGGUGCUGAUUCUUACAUCGAUGAUAUUAAUGCUCUCAUCCCAUUAACCAAUGGAAACAUUAGAACUGCAAUUGAUAGUGGAUGUGGAGUUGCUAGCUGGGGGGCUUAUCUUCUCAAUAGGAACAUUUUGACCAUGUCAUUUGCUCCAAGAGAUUCACAUGAGGCACAGGUGCAGUUCGCAUUGGAACGGGGAGUCCCAGCAAUGAUAGGUGUGAUGGCAACAGAACGAAUGCCAUAUCCUGCUAGAGCUUUUGACAUGGCUCAUUGCUCUCGAUGUUUGAUCCCUUGGGAACAAUAUGAUGGCCUGUAUCUAAUUGAAGUGGAUAGAGUUUUGAGACCGGGAGGCUAUUGGAUCCUCUCAGGUCCUCCAAUAAAUUGGAAGAAACACUACCGAGGAUGGGAGAGGACCCAAGAAGAUCUGAAACAUGAACAAGAUGCGAUUGAGGACUUAGCAAAGCAUCUCUGCUGGAAGAAAGUGAUUGAGAAAGGUGAUCUUGCAAUUUGGCAAAAACCCAUCAACCACAUAGAAUGCAUUCAAAACCGGAAGGUCUACAAAACACCACAUAUAUGCAAGAAUGACAAUCUAGAUGCUGCUUGGUAUAAGAAAAUGGAGACUUGCAUCACCCCAUUACCAGAGGUGAGUAGCUCGGAGGAAGUUGCGGGUGGGGCGUUGGAGAAAUGGCCAGAAAGGGCAUUUGCUAUUCCACCAAGAAUAAGCAGGGGAUCCAUCCUGGGCAUCACUGCUGAGAAAUUCCAGGAAGACAACAAUAUGUGGAAGGAGCGGUUGGCAGGCUACAAGAAGAUCAUUCCACCUCUGACACAGGGGCGAUAUCGAAAUGUUAUGGACAUGAAUGCCAACUUGGGGGGUUUUGCAGCAGCUUUGGUGAAGUACCCUGUGUGGGUGAUGAAUGUGGUACCUGCUGACACACAGAAGGACACACUUGGUGUUAUCUAUGAACGAGGUUUUAUUGGUACCUACCAGGACUGGUGCGAAGCUUUCUCGACAUAUCCAAGGACUUAUGACCUCAUCCAUGCCGAUGGUGUGUUUAGCACUUAUCAGGAUAGGUGCGACAUUACAUACAUUCUUUUGGAGAUGGAUAGAAUACUGCGGCCAGAAGGAACAGUGAUCUUUAGGGAUACAGUGGAUGUACUGGUAAAGGUCGAGACCAUAACAAAUGGGAUGAGAUGGAAGAGUCAGAUCAUGGAUCAUGAGAGUGGACCAUUCAACCCUGAGAAGAUACUGGUGGCUGUCAAGAGUUACUGGACUGGUGCGCCUGCCCAACAAAAGUAAAUAAUUUUCUCUUUGCUUCCCCAACUCUGAUAAGUCCAGGGUUGUGCUAAUAUUUGAAACCAAAAUCUAUCAGCAGUCUUAGAUGAUGUUGAUGUAUGGAAUUCUUUGGAACCCUGUGCAUAGAAGUAGGGGUUCAGAGGGUAAUACAUGGUAAGAGUUGGCUGGUUGGUGCUAUUGAAUAACAAGGUUAAGUUGCCUUCACAGUGAAAUCUUUGUGGAGUGAGAUAGGUUGUUGUUGAAGUUAGACUCGGACCCAUUGAGCUAAUCGUUGGAAGGUCAGUUGUCUGUUAUAAUAUUGUUCUUUAUCUCAUAAUGAGUGGUCUUGUUUAAUUUAUAAUCUGAUCAAUAUAGACCCUAGUGCAAACCUUUUUCUUCUUUCCUUUUUGUUGGUUUCCCUUAUCAUUGAGGCGCCCCCCCUCUUUUGUGUCAGUGCUUAAACGAUCCUGUUGGAGUAAUAAUGCAGUUUGAACUGUUGCAAUGA